AUGAAUGGGCAACCCGAGUUGGAGGAACGUGCGGGCGCCAGGGAUGCCAGCCAGCCCUUAGGGCUUGUCUUUGUGCACGGAUUCAACUCAUCGCCGUCCGCUUGGGAUGAAUUUGUCUCGCUGCUGAAUGCAGACCCCGAAUUCCGGAUCCCAAUUAGGUGCUUACAGUUUCAAUAUGCCACUGCUAUGUUCACGCCUUGGUCUCCAUUCACCAGGCUACCAACGUUGGGGACAGUUGCAGGAAGCCUCCGCGUUUUCUUGGAAACUGAGGCUGCCAAAUUUGAUCGUCUGGUACUGAUAUGCCACAGCCAAGGUGGAUUGGUUGUGCAACGUUUCCUGGCUCAAAUGGUUCGGAGCGGACGUGGGAACGAACUUGCCCGAAUUCGUCGAGUAAUCCUUUUCGCCUGUCCAAAUAAUGGCUCCGAAUUGGGCUUGACUUUACGCCGUAGAAUACUGCGGGGCCACCCGCAAGAAUAUCAGCUUCGCCCUCUCUGCGAGGGAGUCAACGAGGUCCAGAGGACUAUCAUGCAACAAAUUGUAUACACUGAAGGAGUGGCUCCGCAUAAAUGUCGAAUAACAUUUGCGGUAUAUGCAGGAGAAAGUGACAACAUAGUGGAGCCCGUCUCCGCUCAAGCCGUCUUCCCCAAUGCCGGAUCUCUUCCAGGCGAUCACUUCUCUAUAAUUCGCCCCGACUCCCUAGAGCAUCGCUCUUAUAGGGUUCUUAAGCAUCAGAUUUGCUUGGCCUCCACUGUCUCCAUCAACCCGUCUCCAACGCCUUCUCCUGGAGAUUCUACAACGGUUUGUCUCUCCAUUGCCGAAGAUGGGCAUUUUAUCGGUGGGGAUCAUGAAGCAACUACUGAUGCUGUCAUAGCCCUUUUAGAAAGGCCUUUUGACCAGCGUCUUGUCAGCAUCCGAACCCCUGAUAUCGAGCCCACAUAUAAAUACACAAACCCCGACGCAUAUAUGGCACUACAGAAAGGCAUUCGAACUUAUGAACGUGCAAUCCAUUUCUUACUUUGCGAUAGCGUACGUUUCACUUCAAAGUGGACUCGGCAGCAAUUGAUCAAAAGUGUGCUGGAGUUGCGCAAUUUUGCGCUUCCAGGGUUAAUUGACUAUGACCAUGAGAUAUGGUAUGUCUGGCCGGCCACAGAUCCAAACCUCGUGACACAUGUCCGCAUUCCUGAAAGAAUGGCGACAUUUACGAGAAAAGGAUACUAUCACGAUGACUUCAUGGAAGGAAUCAGAAAGCAGGGAUUACCGCCAGAUGAGCCGAUCUGGCUGAAUGUUAUAUUUCCUAAUAUUUUUUGGGAGCAGAUCGCUCCAGCUGCAGCAUUCCUUGCUGCGGAGGGGAAGUUGCAAACUCCCGUUUAUAUGCAAAAUUGGGUCAUCUCUGAUCGGAACCCAAGUGAAUUGCAGAGGAGGCGACCUAGAAAUUAG